AUGGCCAUGGACGCCCACCGAACCAAAGCUUGCACGAUCUCCCCCGCUCAGCACUCGCCCGUCCAUGCUCAAGCUAGUCACGCUCGCCUGGUCCCGGUAGAUAUCGUCACCUCACCUCACCGCGAAAGCUUCCUUCGCGUGCCUCCGUCUUCUUCUCGUCUGCCUUUGUCACCCGCACCCACUGCCACUGCGCCCAGUCCCGCCAACGCUGGAUUCCAUUCAGCCUCCCCUCUCCGCCAGCCUCGGCUUGGAGCCUCCCCCGACCCUGCUGGCCUCGCGUCUGUCUCCCUUGCUUGCGCCCAAUGCCCUGACCCAGCAGUCCGCUGUGAUCUCUCACCCGCAUCAUCCACCGUCUCCUCGCUUGACAACACCCCACUCAGUCCGCCCCUCCGCCUGCUAAGCGUGGCCGAUCUCCACCUCCACUCGCCCGCAAUCUCCGCCCAGAGCUUCCCCCAGUUCACUCGCCAGUCUCCCGAGCACUCUCUCGCAGGCCUCAGCAGCAGCCACCCUCCCCCCAGCAGCAGCAGCACCAACCUUGUUCAUCCCCCCAGCCAUCAGAAUACCACCCAUCAUCAGCGCCACCCUUCCCUCUCGCGCGCCCACUUCCCCCCUCCCUCGCUCACCGCUGGGUACGGCUUCGGUGAACUCGCCGGGGCUCUCGGUGUCCGCCCGGAGAUCCGCAAAGUGAGUGAUAUGACCAUCCACUCGGCCGACCAUCCCCCUUCGCCCGUCGAGCCAGUCAAUCUCGAUCAGCCCCGCCCUCAGGCCCCCCAGCCAGCAGAGGCCCUCCCGCCAGACGCCCUUCGCGGCCACGAUCCCCGCGAGAUCGGCAACCAUGCCCAUCAGCAAUUGAGUACCGUCGGCGCCGACUCUCGGCUGGAACGAGCCUCCACGACUCUCCAUUCUUCUUAUGCUCGGCUACCCCUCCAAUACUCAACAGCCCCCCCAUCCCAAAACCUGCCUGCUUCGUUUCAAUCGCAACAAGGACAUUCAAGCUCUUCGAUCGACCUAACCCAGCCAUCCUAUCGGCCUGAUUGUGUUUCCUCAUUUGAACAUACCCCACAUUCAACCGUCGGACUUGACCCAACCGCUGGCUACCACCCUUCCCCCUUCCUAGCUCACCAUCGUCGGAGUCACAGCAAGCCCGAUGGACGCAGUAGCAUGUUUGUAAACCCAUUCGUAGCCGGCCCCCAUCCUAAUCAUCCCCCAUCCUCCCCCGGCCCCUCCUCAUCUUCACAGUCGCAGAACUUUUAUCAACCGCAAACCCAGCCCCGAUGCUCGUUGACAGCUGCUUCUACGCCCACUAGACAUCGCCUGAGCAUCUCUUCACAGCCUGGCUGCCCAUCCAGCUCGUCACUCCUAUCUGCCUCCAACCGGCACCGCUCACAAUCGACGGCCACCAGCACAUCGCGAGGAUGCGAGUCUUUUAACCGCUCCGCCAUCGGCCUCUCUGAUGUCGGUAGCCCUAGCUUUGGUACGGCUGCAACCGCCAUGGGCCUUCUCAGUCACAUCUCCGCCCCGAACACUUUCACGACUAAGGAAUCAUCAACUCACUCGUUCGAAGCCCUUGGUAGAGAUCAUUGCAAGCCUAAUAGUAGAGAUAACACUAAUCAGUUGGAGCAUACCCAUCAAACCGAGAACACCAGUCACAUGGAGCACGCCAAUCACAUGAAGCAAACCGGCCACAUGGAGCAUACCAGUCAAAUGGACCAAGCUGGUCAACUGGAGCCACCAAGCCAGACAGACCCCUCUGACCAAAAACCCUUGCACUCUCUCCACACACAUCAUCCACCUCUCACCCCUGGAUUCACCGGAAGUGCGUCGUUCAGCUUCGGCAACUCUGCUAGCAAUCGUCCCAAGUGCGAGCUGCCCAACUCCGAUCUGGCCGACCUCACCAGCGGUCUCGUCGGCCCGUCUAACUCAGCAAUCAAUCCGAUCCCCAUCGGGAUGAGGCCAGACUUGGCGAAUCUGAAGGAUGGCCCUGAUGGCCCCAACGGCAAGCCCGGCUAUCCUUACGUUGUUCUCAUUCGGUACGCCAUCUUGGGUAGCCCCCACGGAAAACUGACCUUGCAAGAGCUGUACGAGACAAUUAUGGACCGAUUCCCGUAUUAUCGUACCGCUGGAAAAGGUUGGAUGAACUCGAUCCGACACAAUCUGAGUCUCAACCGCUGCUUCGUAAAGCAGCCUCGACACAUUCUGGACCCGGGCAAAGGUUCCUAUUGGACUGUUGACCUUGAAGCUGAACUAUCCACCUCAAGGGCUCGCGAUCGCAAACGUGCCAGUGGAAGUUCAAGAUCAAGCAUUGGUAGCAUCAGAUCUUUGAAGGGCAGUCGGCGAGACAGUCUGGGUGGCGAUCCACGCUCACCAACGCUUGAUGAGAUCAUCGGAUCCUCUCCAAGUAGGAUGCUUUACAUGUCCGACGAUGAGGCAGACGAGGUUCACGUCCAACCCCUUGGCAGCUUCGGACCGGAACAUACAUCCACUUUUACCGAGGAUGGCGAUGGGGAUACGAUGAUGCAAGCUGCCGAGGGAGGCUUCCAACAGCCCCCUUCAACGCCAAUAAAGUCACCCAAGUCUGGGCGAAUCAGUGUCAAACGCGCUCCCAAGCCUACCAAAAUGAAGCAACAAGGGCUGAAGGUCCAGGUUUCUGGCAACGCGGAUCUCAACAAUACCCAUCUUCCUACCAAUUCAUGCUCACCGUCAACGCCAGUGACUCCUCAUCAGCUGUAUCAUCAGACCGAUGCAGCCUCCAAUCUUCUCCAAAGUCCAUUCCAUCCCCAAGGUGGAUAUGUAUCUAGCCCCCCUGACACGAUCGGCCGCACGAUCCCUAGAACCGGGUCUCCUUACCGAGGAAGUUCACUGAUGCGGUCCCCACUCACUUCGAUCAUGGCAUACUCAGCUAGUUCGCACUGUCCGACGACUGCAACCACGGCAGAUAGCAAUCAGAUGGACCCCACGUCUCCCAGCUCUUCCGCGUACGGCUUCAGUACCGGAGGACUGGGCAACAGCUACCAACCGUCAUCGACUGGGAUGGUGAACUGCCGAGAAGCCGGCCCGCCAUCCCAGCAUCCGUUCUCAUUUGGAGGCCAGCCGCAUUCGGCCUACCAGCCUGGCUUCAACCCGUUCAGUCCGGCGAUGAUGCACAAUCCGCAAUCCAGUCCCUCGGCCGGGCUUGGCGAUCGGCAUCCGGCGAGUGCAGGGCCCUGGUCGAGCUCGUUCCAGGCUGCCACGUAUUCUCCCGCCGCCCCGGUCAGAAGCGCGGGCACCGGCCACCAUCAGCCGAGUCAAAGCCACAGCGGCGUGUACGGCUUCCAGCCCUCGGCGAUGGCCGGGAUCGUCCCCCGCCCACGGUUCUCCGUCUCCGCCGGCGGUAACUCGAGACCCGUCUCGUCCGAGUCAUCCUCCAACAACCCGCCCCACGGUGCCACCGGUCGACAGACGCCUGCGUCUAACGGCUCCGCCGCCUCCCGUCGGUCUAGUAUCGGCGGCCCUGGAUCCACUAACUUCGUCAUGGUCGACGGAUACGUCAAUGGGAAUCCUCCUGUGGACUCCUUGGGACGCCCUCACUCGUCCCAACCUUUAUAA